AUGGACCUCGUGGCUCCCUCCUCACUCUUGGUGCCAGCUCCCAUCAACGACAUAGGACUGAGAUCUUCAAAAGACAAUGCCUCAUUCAACACAACCAGCACCAAAGAAGCCAAACCAGCUGCUGUUGGUGCUAGUGGAUUGUCACGUCAUGGAGUUGCAAGGCACAGCACGAUGCGAAAGCUGCUCAAGCACAAGACUGUUGGCGUUCUUGGUGGUAUAGCGCUGCUUGUGAACUCAAUGGCUGGACCAGGACUACCUCAAGCUGCCGGCAUGUAUCAACAGAACGGAUGGUUGUAUCCAACGGUCGCUUUUUUGCUCUACGCAAUCUUGACAGCAUUGUGCUCCAUGUUCGUCAUAGAAGCAAUGCAAUCAAUACCAGGGAAUAAACACUUUCAAGGAACGGUUGAAUAUGGAACAUUGAUCAAUUUCUAUUUCUCAGACAACUUUUCUCACAUUCUGGGACAGUUGUUUCUGUAUUGCUCGUUACAGUCGACUUCCAUUGCUUCAAUCGUCACUGCAUCGCAAACGUUUGAUUCGAUACUGAUUGAUAUAUUCCACAGAACCUGUGGACUUUCGUUCAGAAGUGGUUGGGUCUGCGUGUCUCAAACCACGUCAGCAAACUCUCCGUUUGGCGAUGAGCUAAUGGUAUUCACUGGGGGGUUCUUGGUUGUUUUGCUAUUGGUGAUUCCAUUAUCGAGGAUGAAUCUUGACGACAAUAUCAAUUUUCAAAUAUGGGGCUUCAUUGCAACGUUAGUCAUAUACGCCAUAUGGAUUAUCAACUCUAUCGUGUUGGGAAUGAGUAGCAGUAAUGGACUUCCAGCAGCCGAAGCUUCGCCGUCACUCGGUGCAGUAACUGGAAUUGUCAUGUUGAAUUACGCUGUCGCGGCAACGAUCCCAUCAUGGGUGAAUGUAAAGCGGCGACAAGUCAAUGUUUCUGGAUCUGUGUGGUCGAGUGUUCUAAUUUCAUUAUUCUCAUAUAUUGCUCUCGGAGUGCUUCCUGCCUUGGCGCUGGACUUGUCAAACGGAAACCUCCUUACGGCGAUGGCAUCCAAGGGCAUGCUGGGACGAGUCACUGGUUACAUGUUCUCCAUUGUGGUCUUGGUGUUCUCAAUCCCAGUCUUCUUCUUUGUGUCGAAAGCCAAUCUGGUCCAAAACGAUUUAGCUCGCCCAUCCGUCGCGACAAUUUUCUCUCAUGUGCUGCCUUGGAUUAUAUCAAUCUUCUUCCAGACCGGAACAACAAUCAAUACCUUUAUUGCUUUCACCUCUUUGAUUUUCGUGUCGAUUGCCAACUUUGCAAUACCAUUGGCCAUAUACCUAAAAUGUCUGAGAUUCCGAGUGUCGUAUAACACUGCUAGGCAGCUCACACCUCGUCAACGGAACCUUCUAAAAAAGAUUCAUAUUGCCUCCAAAGCCAUAAACCGAUUCCUUGAUAUUGCCCAGCAAGAGAUCGAAAACAAACAACGAGUCAACCCAUCUCACCUAGCCCUCCCGCUGUCUGCUUCAUCGGGAACCGCAACACCUGAUCAUGUAGACACGCCGAUAUUUACAAUCAACAGCCCAGCUGAAAAGCCGAUAAGCCUUCUUCGUGAAACUUUACCGCCUCCAGCGAAAGUGCUAUCUCAAGAGUCAACACCCAGACUGGCAAGUUUUGAAUUAGAACGAGGAGGCAGUUUCCAUACUGGGUCGUUUCAGACAGGUACUUUGCAGAAUACUGCCAACAGGAGAAAAGUUUUGAUUCUUGAUAAUUCACCGGCUUCCGGAUCGCCAAUGAAAGCAUCUCCACUGCGUAUUGAAUCAAGAUUAUCCAACGAUAUUGUGCCAGACAUUUCACCAUCAACGCCAUCCCAGGGUCGACUUCGUCCAGCUCUCAUAGCUCCCACAUCACCAUCUCGGCCAGCAUCGCUACUAGACGCCAGCGCCAUGGUUACGGAACCACUCGACGAGAACGACGCUGAUGACGUGAGACUAGCAGCAAUUGAUCUCCUCAUCGACGAGGACGUCCCAGAUCCAGAGAAUGAAAGAAAAGCAAUGACUAUUGCAAGAUCGUUACACCGCCCAUCGCAUGAUAUGACGUAUAGCCCUGAAUCGAUGGACGAGAUGCCACCACCACCAACACUAGCUAGAAGGCUCUCAAAACUGAUACGACCGAUAUCACAUCGUUUCUCAUCGCAUGAUAGAGAGCAGUCGCUGCAGUCUCAGCCGUCUCACCAACGAGAUACAUCACAGCACCCACAAUCAAUAGCACAGCAAUCAUUUGAUUUACCAACAAUGUCACGAUCAAUAAAAUCGCAGGACGGGCUUGGAAUAACAACAGUGGAAUCCAGAACAAGAGAGAAUAGUAAUAGCCCGACACGUCUGUACACAUCCAAACAACUUGGAACAGUAGCCGAAACAUCAUCACUCAAAGAACGAGAAACAGCCACAUCAGCGUCCAUUGCAUCAGCAUCCCUCGGCUCCUCUUUUGACUUGCUACGAGAUGGAUCACGACAAAAUAGUAACUGGGUGGACAGCAAAGCUACCAAUAGCACGACAAAUCUAUUCGGCACACCAGCAACAAGCACGAAUGCACCUCUGGGAAUAAUAGUACAGUCUCCUACUCCUGUACCGUCAUACCCUACGAAUGCCAAUAUCUAUCUUAGUGUGACUCCUACACCUUCAGCUGGUAAGCCGUCAAGUGAAUUCUCGAUAGCGUCAAGGCCGUCGUCAAGUCAUAUGUCGAGGUCGAAUUCUGGAUUUCCUGGAGAUCAUUCGGUCCAACAUCAUACCCGGACUUUACCAAUGUAA